AUGACUAAUGGUACUUCAACCUCGAUCAAUUUUUAUGGAGACUCUCAGAACAAUAAGGACUUAAUAAUGUCAAGUGCAACUAAAAGGAAGUGCGUAACGAAUAUUCACACAAUAAUAAACGAAAAGUAUCACAAGAAUCAAAGAAGAGAUGCACAAGACGAUUACAUGAAAGAUCUGGAAUAUUUUGACAAACUCGUAGAUAAUGUAGGUUUAUCUUACAUCGGAAGAGAGGAAGAACUUACACCACCAUGUGGAACCAUGGUAGCUAAUAGUUGGAACUCUUUCAAGAUUGAUGAUAUAAUGAUCGGAUUACGAUACUUCCUCUCGUCAUAUCACGAAUCAUCCGGAAUAAAAUUAUUUAUUCAAUGA